AUGUACAAGACCAAAAUCACAGCCUGGUCUCUGGACAAGAACAUCAAGCGCUCAGAGGCGCAAACGCUGAUGAGGCUCAAGCGCAAACACGAAUCACACGGAGUGUCGUGCAUGUUCCUGCUGCGAGGAUUUCUCGUCGAUAUGGAUGCUGUUGAACGCAAGUACAAGAGAAGGAAGCAUGAACCCGGCGCCAGCUCCCGACACGCCCAGUCGGACGACGACGGCCUCUGCCAAGUUUCACAGGUGCAUUGCCUUCGCUACAGCUGUCGCUUCGAUCGCGUCGAAGAUCCUACGGUCUUCAAGCUGGUCCAGCGUGUGCUGUACCAUGCAGCAUGCGGCCUUGAGCGCUUCAUCACACCGCCGUCACUAGAUAACGACGACCUGUACCUCCAAAGCGACAAUGCCGGUCUAUACACAGUCUCUCUUGCAGUCGCGCGAUUUCAGGCCGGCGAUAACGUCAAAGGAGGCAUGUAUCUGAGACGCAGUUUCAGACUGCUCACGAACAUGUUCGCCAAGUGGGCUGGCUACUAUUCGCUCGACCUGCGCGGCCUGUUCGACACGGUCUCGAGGUUGGUCCGGGACGGGUACAGCGACCUUGCGCGAGUGCUUUCGAAAUACGUCUCUCGGCUGGCCGAUGUAUACCUUCCGUCCACAAGCCCGUAUCGCCUUGUCAUGCAGAAUUUGGCGCCUCUGGUUGAUGUGUGUGACAGUGUGCCACUGAACGACCUGUGGCGCAGCGCGGCCCGGCGGACUCUGAGUAACCAGCUUGACGAAGUACAAACGGAUCGUUGGUGGAUCGAGUACUGCAACCUCGCAUGUUCGCCCACUUUCGAUGGACAGGCCUGGAUCUCCGGUAUCGAGCGAACUCCAGGAAUCAAGGCUUGUCAAGUGCAAUCUGCCCUUUACUGGGCUCUCGAGGAGGGCUUCCGUCGUCGACAGUGGACACUGGUCCGAGACCUGGGGUGGCGCUUUGUCAAGCUGGACCAGGUCAGAGCAUUGGCGCGCAACGUCUUCCUACAAGCUUAUGUGAGUAUGCUGCUUGCGUAUGCCGAGGCGCAGCUAGGGCAGCAUUACGCCGCUCUCAGCGCCAUUGAGAUGGCCUACAUGCUCGCCGAUGGCCGCAAAUUCCUAGAGGUGUUGGCCUUGUGCUCUAACCAGUGCCCCGAAGUCCUGCCUUGGCUGGAAUCUCUUAGCCCCAGUUGCAACGACGAGGUUCAGUGGGUGCAAACUCAGCUUAGGCUCUAUGAAAAAGAACUGGAAACAAGUGAUCGGGAGCAGAUCCAGGAGAGCACGACGGAGUUAGGUCUAUGCUGA